AUGUGGAGCACGUGGACAGAGGGUGGGCCACCUGGCACUCGUUACAAUCGGUCAAAGUCCGGUUGGUUUGACACUAGUACAUUUGAGGAUUGGUUCUUUUCAUUGGUUCUGCCCACUUUACGUAGGCAAGAAGGGAAGAAGCUUCUCAUUGGGGACAACUUAAGUUCUCAUAUAAAUAUGGAAGUUUUAAAGGCAUGCAAGUCUCAUAAUAUCGAAUUUGUGGCUUUACCACCAAAUAACACCCACCUUACACAGCCUUUGGACGUGGUCUAUUUUAGGCCUCUUAAACUGCACUGGCAUCAAAUCUUAGAUAAAUGGAAGGAAACACUUGAAGGACAAAGACUACCCACUAUUCCUAAAAACACGUUUCCUACGUUGCUAAAUAAGCUGUGGGAAAAUAUCACGGACAACCAUCUGAAAGCUGGCUUUACGAAAACCGGUAUUUUUCCGACUGAUGAAGCUCCAGUAUUAUAA